UUGACUCCUAUCAACAUCAGUACACUUUCUGCACUCAGCCAUGAACCGUCUGCUCCUCUUCUUCGCCUCCUUGGCCACCCCUAUGAUCGCAACGUCAAUCUCUUCUGGUCUGGAGAGGCAAGGGGAAGAAGUCCAGGGAUCACGGCCGAGCGAAUUCGACCUGUCGAGACCGUGUACAUGCCACGGAGUAAAGUGCGAAUGUUGUGUUGACUUCAAUAUGACCUAUGUCGAUUUAGGAGGACCAGGAUGUAUAACAAUGAAAUAUCUAUCCAAGGAAGAAGGGUUAUUCCUCAACGUUUCUUAUGGAGAUAGUCAACUUCUUGGUGAACAGAUAAAAGGACCGAACACGAGUGUCACCUGUAUGAACGUCCUGCUAGAUUUAGCACAAAUGUGCGCCAGAAUAAGCAAUAUCGCCAUGACCGAGGACGGGAUGAGAGCAUGCGCCGACUUAGAGCCCACUCUUCUCGGCGAUCCUCAGGACACCUACCACCUUGGGUGUUUCCAGAUGAACCCAGAGGGGAUGCAAAUGAUCAAUUCGACGACCGUUCCUGUUCCUUACAAAGAAAAACCGCUGGAAGGUAUCGGACUGAAACCGGACAAUACUGAAGAAUCCCUGAUUGCCGCUGUCAACGAAUCCGCAGAAGAAGGGAUCGCUUGGUUUACUAGUUUCUUAGGUUUGAAUUUCGGCAAAGCACAAGCCAACGAGACGAAAGACACUGUAACGGACUCAUGAGGACACCGUCAGCAAAACCUACAUGAUCUUCAUAUUUUUUUUUUAAAUAUUCAACUUAAACUUAAAAUACACUAUUUAUUAUA